UUUUAUUGAAGGCGUGGUUGAGGUGUGGUUGUAAUUGUAAAAUGGCAUAGAGUGAAGACGAGAUAUUGAAGAGAGAGUAAUGGCCAGUAAAGCUCAAUCGGCAGCUGUAAAGAGAGCUAUAGCUAAAAAGAAGAAGCCAAAGAGACCCAAUGGAGGAGCUAAGAAACCAACAUCAUCACUGAAGAGUCCUGAAGCACAGUCUGAAGAUGAGUAUGACACAACCGACGAUGAGCAGGAAGAUGCUGCUGAUUAUUGUAAAGGGGGCUAUCAUUUAGUUGAGAUUGGUGAAGUCUACAAUGGUCGCUAUCAGAUAAUUAGGAAGCUAGGCUGGGGCCAUUUCUCUACCGUCUGGCUAUGCAAGGAUUUGAAGUGUGGGCGAUUCGUUGCACUAAAAGUUGUUAAAUCGGCAAAGCAAUACAUGGAAGCAUCUCUUGACGAGAUUGAGCUACUCAGAAAAGUUGCUACUGCUAAUAGAGCUAAUCCUGGUUUAAAACACGUGGUUGAAAUGUAUGACAGUUUUAGGAUAUCAGGACCCCAUGGCAACCAUAUGGUAAUGGUAUUUGAAGUCUUAGGUUGCAAUCUCCUCAGACCAAUUAUUAAGUAUAAUUACAAGGGGCUUCCUCCUUCAUUUGUCAAACUAGUCACUAAACAAGUAUUACUAGGAUUGGAUUACUUACACACAGAGUGUGGUAUAAUUCAUACCGACAUUAAACCAGAGAACAUAUUGUUUUGCGUCAGUGAUGAACAUGUUAAAAGUUUAGCUAGAAAUAGAGUGUCAUCAAAAUCAGCAGUAUGUAAUGCACCUUCUUCACUUUCAAAGUCUGGUGGCGGCCCGAUGACUAAAAAUCAGAAGAAAAGACUAAAGAAAAAGUUAAAGAAGCACCAGGAGCUUAUGGUCAAAGAAGAAUCAAUGAUCAGCGAUGUUGAUGCUGUUACCACGGAAACUGAUUCUGUUUCCAUGACAAUUGAUAAUCACACGAUCCUACCCGAGAGUGUUGAAGAAGAAGACACAAUGGAGACGGAGGAGACUGAUCAAUCAACAACUAAUGGAAGCAGUGCUGGCAGCAGCUGUACUGAUUCAUUCGACCUCCUAGGGCCUGUCUCUGUCAAAAUAGCUGACCUUGGUAAUGCAUGCUGGAUUAAUCAUCAUUUUACCGAUGACAUUCAGACAAGGCAGUAUCGCUCUCUUGAAGUGAUUAUUGGAAUUGAAUACGGCCCACCUGCUGAUAUAUGGAGUCUGGCUUGUAUGACUUUUGAAUUAUUAACUGGUGACUUUUUAUUCGAACCACAUUCUGGUGACACAUAUUCACGUGAUGAAGAUCACAUUGCUCACAUAUGCGAGCUAUUAGGGACCAUACCUCCAACACUAGCUGUCUCUGGUAGAUACUCAAGGGAAUUCUUCUCUCACUCUGGAAAACUAAAAAGAAUACAUCACUUAAGACCAUGGUCAUUGCACGAUGUACUGGUUGAUAAGUACCACUGGUGUGAUGAUGAAGCCAAAUUGCUGGCAUCAUUUCUACUGCCAAUGCUGAACUACAACCAGAAGGAGAGAGCUACAGCUAAAGAAUGCCUGGACCAUCCUUGGUUAACACUGUAAAUGUAUGCAUCAAUCCAAUAAUCACUGAUUGUUAUCUCUUAUACUUCCCUCCCUCUCAAAGUCUCCUCUUCAGUAAUCAUUCACUGUUUUGUGUUGUUGUUGUCAUUGUUGUUCAUAGUCAAUAAUAAUAA